CUUAAGCACCUUUGCCAAACAAGCAGCGUGUGUGAGGAAGUCCAGAUACAUACAAAUGUGCUGUGGAUUUCUUGAAUCAGAGCGGAGUACAAGGAGAAUUAUAGAUUGGAUUCAAAAGAAGAAUUAAUCCUUGAAUACGUUUGGAAUAGAUGAAGCAGGGGUUUCACUUUUUGAAUAGAUGAAGAAGGGGUUUUAUUUUCUGUUCUUCUGCUUCAUAUACCAAAACUUCAGCUAUGGAUGUAAACAGUUUUCAAGGCAAAAUGUAACAUUUCAAUCAGUGAACUUUGAAUUUAUUCUGCAAUGGGACAGGGAAGAUCUGAGAGAAGAUGUAGUAUUCAGUGUCCAAUAUAAGAGGUAUGGAGACAAAGAGUGGUCCAUAAAACAUGAGUGCCAAAAUAUCAGCAGAACUUUCUGUAACCUCACAAAUGAGAUCGCUGGGGAUGUACAUGAGCUAUUUGAGCAUGAAUACUAUGGACGUGUUAGGGCAUCAUCCAAGUACUGCCAUUCUGACUGGGUCAUGUCAGAAAGGGUGUACCCAAGAGAGCACACGCAUAUUGGUCAGCCAGCAGUACAAUAUGUUAAGGAUGUCAACUCCAUAACAAUAUUCGUUUACACUCCAUACGUUCCAGUGAAAAAUAAAGGAGGUGAACCACAGAGUGUACAAGAUCUGUACCAUGAUAUGUUAUUUAAAUAUCAUGUUAGCCUAUCUAUACAGGAGAAACAUAGCAUGUGGCAAAAAUCACAAGCUGACAACAAAUUCGAGGUAACUGGGCUGAAGCCAAAUACAAAAUAUAAUGGAAGUGUCUACAUCUUAGUAGAAAAUAUACGUAAAAGCGAUAUACAUACUUUUGUGGUCCAAACUCUUCCAGACCACUCCUUAUUCACGCUGAUUGUGUGUGGAUUUGCAGUCUCGGUCCUUUUCCUGAUUAUAGUACUGAUGUACCUCAGUUACAGAUAUGUCAGUCUAAAGGGAACCAAAACACCAAAAUCUUUGGUUCUUUCAAACAUACCAGCUGCCCACCCAAUGAAACCACUGAAGGAUUACCAUCUCUGCAGUGUCUCAUAUGCUGUGUCUGAUACCAAAGAGCUUCCUGCUGAUAAAAAUGAACCAAAUGAUCUACAGAAACCAGGGGAAAUAGCCUACAAAACCCAGUCUCAGACUACAAUCAGAAAUUUUGAUUCCACGUUUCCAAAGAGCUCAAACUGCUUGCAACAAAGUGUUGAUUAUGGGAUGGUUGAAGAGAGGACAGUUAAUAAGACAAGCUAUCUAGCCAACCCCCAAACAAACUUGGGAAAACUUGGGAAACCAAGCCUUUUCCCUUCUAAUUGUUCUAAUCAAAUGGACCAGAGUAUUUUGCUAACAGCAAUUUCAAAUGUGGAUGAUGGAAAUCAAAAGAUGACAGAAAGACUGAGAGAGACCACAGAGUCUUUCAGAUCCCCAAAGAUGUUCUGCUUUGAUGAAGCUAACAGCUUAAGGAACCAAAAUGAGAAUUCCCUUAUACACACGGUAAUUGUGCAGGACCUUUUGGACUUAGAGGAACCAAAGGAACAAGUUGAGGAUCUAUCAAUAUUGUUGUCACAAGAUUCAACAAACCAUAAUGAAGUAACAGAAGUAACAGAGCCUGCCAUUCUGCCCAGUGUUAAUACAUCAUAUGUCUUCCAAUGUCCUCUUAAAAACACACAGACUGAUCUACAGCAAAGGGCUCUUUCAAACAUACCAGCUGCCCACCCAAUGAAACCACUGAAGGAUUACCAUCUCUGCAGUGUCUUAUAUGCUGUGUCUGAUACCAAAGAGUUUCCUGCUGAUAAAAAUGAACCAAAUGAUCUACAGAAACCAGGGGAAAUAGCCUACAAAACCCAGUCUCAGACUACAAUCAGAAAUUUUGAUUCCACGUUUCCAAAGAGCUCAAACUGCUUGCAACAAAGUGUUGAUUAUGGGAUGGUUGAAGAGAGGACAGUUAAUAAGACAAGCUAUCUAGCCAACCCCCAAACAAACUUGGGAAAACUUGGGAAACCAAGCCUUUUCCCUUCUAAUUGUUCUAAUCAAAUGGACCAGAGUUUUUUGCUAACAGCAAUUUCAAAUGUGGAUGAUGGAAAUCAAAAGAUGACAGAAAGACUGAGAGAGACAACAGAGUCUUUCAGAUCCCCAAAGAUGUUCUGCUUUGAUGAAGCUAAAAGCUUAAGGAACCAAAAUGAGAACUCCCUUAUACACACGGUAAUUGUGCAGGACCUUUUGGACUUAGAGGAACCAAAGGAACAAGUUGAGGAUCUAUCAAUAUUGUUGUCACAAGAUUCAACAAACCAUAAUGAAGUAACAGAAGUAACAGAGCCUGCCAUUCUGCCCAGUGUUAAUACAUCAUAUGUCUUCCAAUGUCCUCUUAAAAACACACAGACUGACCUACAGCAAAGGGUAAUGGUUUGCCAGCAGCCAUACAGAAUGCAACAUUGUCAUGUUUCCAAAGUUUAGAGGAAGCCAAUUUUUUAACGCGGAAGCAAAAUAAAACUAAGAAACUUUAAAGAAAUAUAUUAAUGUACAUUUAACUAUUAUUUUAUUUGCUUCAAUAUAAAGCUCAUGUUACUAA